UCGCUUCGCCAUGUCGGCCCACCUCCAAGCGCAGAUCCGCCGCAAUGCACAGACCAUGCAAGAGGCGGUAGCCGACCUCUACCGCUGGCAGGACGACAUUGCCAAGAAGGACAAGUCUCUCAAGGACAAGCCUGCCGUCGCAAAGAAACUCCCUCCCAUCCGCGGGACCGCCGCCUCGGGCGUCUCGUUCUCGGACAAGAGCGCCGCGCCAGCACGGACGUCUGGCGGCAAGUCGCGGCGGAAACGCGUCCGCCGUAACAAGCCAUCCAAGACUGCAGCUGGCUCUGGUGCUGGCGCUGGGCGCUCCAGUGGCGGGGAGAGCAAAACCAAGGACAAGGGUGAAGCUGGUCGGAUCUCGGCGUACGACUACUCGGCUUGGGAUCGGUUCGACGUCGACGCCGCCAUUCAAGAGAUCUCCUCGUCGGCCGAGUACACGUACGAGGACGAGGACGACGGCCCGGUGGAGGCUUCCAGCAGCCAGGCCUCGCCAGAGGAGGUCAAGGCCGAAGGUAACAAGGCGUUUGCGGCAGGCAAGUAUGCCAACGCUGUCGAGCUCUACUCGCAGGCCAUGGACCUUGAUCCGACCAACGCGGUGUACCCUGCCAACCGCGCCAUGGCCCACCUGAAGAUGAAGGACUACAAGGCCACCAUCCGCGACUGCUCGCGUUCGAUUGCCCUGGAUCCCACGUACUUUAAGUCGUACGCAAGGCGUGCAAGCGCGUACGAAGCGCUCGACAAGCUCGUCGAGGCCAAAGCCGACUACGAGCGGCUUGUUCAGCUCAAGCCGACGACCAAGGCCUACGCCCGCUCGCUGGGCGACGUCGUCCGUAGACUGAAGAAUGCCGCCGUUGAGCGCGCGGCCGCAGAGUCCGGCAACACGCCCACCGCCCCGGCUCAGCCCAAGGCUACGACGGCAGCCGGAUCGGGAGCCGCAAAGAAGCCGGGCAAGAAGAAAAUGGUCAUCGAAGAGGUCGCCGAAGAGCCCGCUGCCGUUGCAGACGAGCCGCUCGAAGAGACCAUCAUGAUCCCGGUCAAGGUUGUCGGCGAGCUCCCUGCAUACGAGCCCUUUGACGCCCCGGCACCCGCAACGGCGGCUCCGCCUGCAGCAUCGACCUCGGCCGCGGCGGCGGCUCCGCCCACGACGGCGGCGCCACCAGCAGCGACGAUCCUGCCCGUGGCAUCGACCCCGGCCACAAUCGAUGACGUGCCGACGGUGACGCCGCCGGCUUCGUUGUACGAGUUUCAGCGCGAGUGGGCCACCCUGGCCGCCACCGACCCAACCGCCCUCCCGCUGCUCCUCCACAUUGCUCCCGAGAGCUACAAGACGUUCUUCAACACACAGAUGACCGAACCGAUCCUGGUCAAGAUCGUCGACGUCCUCGCACACGCCGUCGCAUCCGAUGUCGGGCAUCCGCUGGCAGAUGCAGCCCUCGACUACGCAGCGCGCAUGCUCUCCGCCCUCCCCUCGGUCCCACGGUUUGGUAUGCUCUCCAUGUUCCUGCCCUCCGCCACCAACACCACCAUCCGCAGCCUUGUCACCCAGAUCAAGUCCUCUCCGACUGCGGCCGCCGCACUUGCGCCCUCGGCCUUUACGCCGUAG